CUUGAUGGUGGUGUCUGCAGGCGAAUAUUGGGCUGAUCCAUCCAUCCUGAAAUGGUGGAAAUAAUUCUGUUUCUGAUCAUCUCUGUAUGAACAAAGCCCCAUUACUGUCAAGUUGCAUAAAAAUAGCUUUUCUCAUGAACAUGUGACUGCUUCAUGAGACACACCUAGUUACACCUACCACACCUUGUAAAACCAGUUUCCCUUGUGAGUAAAUCAUCUUCCAGAGAGACAGAGUCUGUUGUCAUCAAGGAUAUUGCUGAGAGAGUUACAGGGAGCAGAUUAUUGUUUGAGAUCAUAUGGUUAUGACUUUGAAGAAUAAAAUAAGGUUUGCCUUUUUAAAAAGUAAUGGCACCAGUAACACUACUGCCUUCACAAUAUUAUGUCCAUGGCUGUUGCUUAGUGGGAUUGGAGCCCAAAAUACAAUACCAUCAAUAUCUACAGAGGAAAGGCUAACUACAUCACCUAGAACUGCACAAGCAAUAACAAGUACUACUGAGUUCACAACACAGUCUCCAACUUCUACAGCAACACCGUCAUUAAUAUCUGGCUCAGCUGUGGUUCUGACGAAGAUGGUCUUCAAUUCCUCCUCUCCUGUUCCCAGUGAAAGUUUGGUCCUCAACACAACCCAGACUCUUCUCAGGACUCGACUCACAAACCUCUCUGACUCUGUAAAAGUGCUGAACUUCACCCAUGAGAAAAUUUCAGACACCUCCUACGCAGUUAACAUUACAUUCAGCAUCAGUAACAUCAGCAUGCCGAGUAACCCUGACCUCAGGAACGAUACCUACACCCAAGUGGAGAACAUCAUCAAUAACACUGUAAACACACUACUAAACAAUUCUGGUUCAGAUCCAUUAAAACCCACUACCUCCAACUUCACGAGUUCAGAGAAGGAAGUUACUGGUUACAUGGAAUACAAUCUCAAAGUCUCCCUCAAUCAGACUGGGAAUGGUAGGUUUCACCACAACUUGAUAAUCUUGCUCAAUAAAAGUGUGUGUAAUUUCUCUUUCUAA